UAUUUAUUGUUACACAACACAAUUAUUACUUUGGGGAUGUUCUUUCAUCUCAUGGUUUAUGAAACUGAAGAAAUACGUGUGAAAAGUAGUUCAUCCUCUGCGGUGGUCCUUUGUGUAUACAUGUCUGAACAUGUCUAGACCUGCAGAAGCCUGCUGUUAAUGUUGAAUGAGAUAGUGCAUCAGCCUGCUGGCGGAGCAGCACGCUCGGGGCCCAGUUUGCAACAUAACCUCGCAUUUCAAGCAAACCUUCGUCUAGUGGCUGUUUUGGUUUACCGCCUCACUUUCCUCAUUACGUACCACUUGAGCUUCCAUUAAAUAUUUUCAUAACAUUGUGGCUUUUCCAAAUUGCCCUAUUUUAUGCAAAGUACAUCCUGUACUUUGCCUUGACUGGCUGACCUUACUCACUUAUGUGUGCCAGUUUGUUGUUGGCUUUGCACUGUAUUUCGCAAUAUUGUCUCAAGAGUUCCCAGCAUCAAAAUGAGAGACGAAAUAUCAGCAGCUGUGCUGUUUUUAGUUCGACUUAUUGAGAGAAGUGAGAAUUUCAACUCAGCUCAGCUGGAGAGAUUCAAGACUCACUUGUCUGACCUUCUUAUGCAACGAUUUGAAAACCACUGGUUUCCUGACAAGCCAUUCAAGGGUCAGGGUUAUCGUUGCAUUCGAGUCAACGAAUGCAGUCGCAGAGAUGCUAUUCUCGAACGGGCUGCUGUGGCCUGUGGAUUGAAGUAUGAAGACCUUAAGCUUCCUGUGGAGUUGACAAUUUGGGUUGACCCCAAAGAGGUGUGCUGCCGUUUUGGAGAACACAAGGGGUCUUACUGCACCCUUGCGUCUUUCCCUGGCCAGGAAACUGAGGUCAAGGUGGUGGUUGAGAACUGCCCCCCUGAAGUGAAGCUUGAUACACCUGCCGCAGUUACUGUGUCUGUGAAGUCUCCUGCAUCGACCAAAGUUUCACCUCAUGUAUCAUCUCAAUCAAACUCGCCUUUGUUGUCAUCAUCUCAGACCAGCUCAAACCCAACUGCGCAGUCGGCUGCCAAAGAUACCAAAACCAAGGUGACAUCCCCUUCAUCCUCCACUGCUACUGUUGGAUCGGGACCCAAUCAUCGUCCCACUGGCACCUCCAGCUCAAAUUCUAGUGUCAAUACGUCUUCAGCCACCACCAAUAACAACCAUCAUAACAGCAACAACCAUAACAACAACCGGCGUGCUCAGAACAGCCCCAAGCAAGGGUCGAAGGCAGGUGGACGCAAGAUCUGGCCUGGACUCUCGUAUCCGCACCCCUUGCAGCCGUGGUACAUGAUUCCUCCAUGGAUGGCUGCAUCACCUCCCCCCAACAUGAUGCGCUCUCCUCCCCGGUCCCGUUACCACUGGGCUCCUCACAAGCCAACUCUCAAAGUUUAGAGAGUUGUUGUGUGCUGCCAUGUGAUUGCCUCUUUUCAAUGCAUUGAGAUUGGUUUUAAGUUUUAUGCCUAGGGAAAGAAAGACCAUCUUGUCCCAGAAAUAUGUUUUAUGGCCAAAGUAAUUUUCUAGUGUUAAGACGAAGAGAAAAAGUUGAUUUUUAUUGCCGCAGUGGUGUGCAUGAUUUCUUAGAUCUAAAAGAUGCUUUUUCUUUCCCUCCCCAGUUUUGGUCUUUGACCCACUGCCAAUCUCUUCAGCACUUUCUUCAAUCACAGAAAAAUUGUUUGUUUCAUGUGAGUGUCAUAUGAUUUAUUUAGUAGGUUUUUAUUAACUUGGCAAGGCAUAGGUGAAUCCUCCUUUUUAUGUGUAGUAGUUUAUUACUGCUUCAGGUUUGUACAGUUCUAUAUUUUAGCUGUCACUGCUUACAUUGUUGUGAUUAAGUGUUGAUUGUUAGGACUUCAAAUGUGACAAAUGUAUGUUGUAGAAAUCCUCUUUUUGUGACAAUUGAAUAGUUUGGUACCAAGUCACAGGCUGUGUGCUUUUCAUGCUCGGAACUUAAUGCUAAACAUUACUACUUCAUAAAUUGUAAUUUAAUUGCGGAUUGUAUUCAUUUCAACUAAUGGUUUGGGACCAAGGAGCUGAUCCGCACAGCAACAACUUUACACUGCCUAUCAACUGUUAAUUUUUCUUUUUCUUGAAUGAAUUUUGGUCUGAUCGGUGAGAACAAAGACGUCAUUGCAUGUAAAUUGUUUUCGGCAGUUGUGUAUUGGCCCACUCCAAACCUGUUCUGUGUGCAUUUUGUUUUGUUUUUCUCUUAAAAUUGUGAUUCUGUGAUUCUGACAAGCUCUUAUGAAAAUCAUGCCUGAAAGAUUUUUAAAUUUUAAGUGUGUCUAUGUCAUUGGAGUGGUUCUGUUUGGUAUCUGAGCAUGAAUCCAUACCAACACUUAGUUAUCAUAUUGUUUAUUGUAGUAACAUUUAGGUGCUUUCUGGGUGACUCCAGUCUCACUCCAGGGUUAGAUAUCUUCCAGUGAAUUUUAGGAGUGAGAUGAGGUAACUGGCACUCUUCUAGCUGAAGUAGUUUUAGUGGACUGUAGUACAAUGACUGACUUGGUACCAAUAUUGAUUUUUCCUAGCUUUGUUGUGGAGGAACUGUUAAGUCUUAUCUCUUGUGCAAUGUGUAAUUUGGUACCAUUAUUAUGCAGUGUCUUCUCAGUUUUACUCAGGAAAUGAGAUGUAUGUGAUUUUUGCUUGUUUCGUUGGAACGAUAAUUUCAAUUGAGCCCCCAGAUAAGUCAGAUUUUUAAAAAUGAAAGUUAGAAUUUUGCUCAACUUCAUCUGCAAGACUUCAGAAAUUGUAAAUGUUGAGCCUAAUUGUAACUCCAGACUUCAUGGGUACCACUCUUUUGUUUGAUUGUUGUUGAAUGGCCUGAUCAAGACAAGGGUUGAUUUUUGUUUGCUACACUGCCAAUGCUGUUAAAACUGCUUAAUCAAAGCAGAAAUAUUAUUUUAAAGUACUUGAAUAAUUAAUUUCAGUACUUGAUCAUAAAUUAAAUAGUCUCUGUCCAUUUUCAUUCAUUUCAUGUAUUCAUCAACUCCUGUUACCAAAUGCUAUCACUAAUAAUAUUUUAAGUUUCUAAAAACGUUUUUUGAAAAGUGUUGUGAUUAAACUCUUAGUGUAAUUGAAUGUUAAUACUUUUUAUCACAGGGUUUAUUUAUUGCCAUGUCAAGCUUUGGCAACUUUGGUCACUGUGCCACAAGCAGUUCGUUUCAUGUUGUUUGUGUGCCUUGAGAAAGCCAUCUGAUGUCAGUUCAUGACUAUUAUAAAUAGAUGAGCUGUGAGUUUUAUCCUUGAUGUGGAAUCACUCUUGAAAGGAUAUUGUUUUUUCUCAAUACAGAUUGCUCCUGUUUUGUAUGUUUUUACUUUUUCAAACUUAACCAAUAGAUUGUAAUGAAAAUUACGUGUAAGGUGGGAGGAAGAGUGUAUGUCCUGGAUGGUACUUCUAGUGUUUUGUUUUCGCUAACCUUGCUCAGUUGGAUCAGGCAGGCACGUGUUUUAGUAUCUUUGUGUGGGAUUGUGUGUCUAUGAUGAUCUUUAGUUCCGUGUGGUGUGCAAGUGAAGCUGUGUGCACCUGCUUAGUAAUGGAGCCAUUGUUGUGGGGUGUAUUUUAAUGUAUGUAGACCAUAUUGCAACUUUUAUUAUGCAUUUCUAUAAUCCCAUUCUCUUUAUUAAUUUGGAUACCUCCCUUAUCUUCAUGGUUUGACAAUUAUUUGAUUAGGGUAGAAAUUUAUUUUUGUUUUCUGAGAGGUCAUGAAAAACUUCGUUUGUUUCAUUACUUUUUAUUUUUAUUUUUGUUUGGUUUGUUUGCCAUGCAGGAGUUUAAACUGUUGGAUGAUGUGGGAAAGAUAUUGGGGGCCAGUUAAUGUUCUAUGAGGAUGAUACUUUUGUGAUUAAAUAUAUUUCAGCAUUUGAAUGAUUUCAAAAUCUGAGUGCACUUGACUGGAGAUGAGCUGAAGCAACCAGUUCAGUCUAUCUGGGAUUCUGUUUACAUCUUCUUGAUGGCCUUACAAGUGGGGGGGUUAAAAUGAUUUCCCUGCAUUUAUCCUUGUAUUUCAGUACCAAGUUUGUCCUCCUAUUCUAUAAGCCUGCUCUAUUGGGCCUAAUGUCAGCUCAUAAUGGUACAUUGUAAGUUGGGGCAUGUUACAUUAAUUAAAUUCGUUUGUACUAGGAAGGUGAUUUGCUGCUCUAUGGCUUUGAUAAUUGUGAAAAAUGACAAAACAUUAUUUGAAAAGUGAAAUGACUUGAUUAGUGACAAUGUUAGAAAAGGAUUUAAGGUCUAGAGAUUUAUAUGGUGCCUACUGUAUGUUUUGUGCAUUUAUUGUGAUAUUUUUUCAAUGCAUCUUGAUUGAAGGCAUUGCUUUUGUUUCACAACUCAACUAUUUAUGUUAGUGCCCUCGUGGCAGCAUUUUUUCUCUUGGAUGAAACUUUCAUAUCAUUUAUAUUAUGACCAAGGCACAAGUCGGCAGCUUGUAUGUUGCUUUGAAAAUGUCAACCUCAUGUACAAGGAAUUAGUGUGUACAAUGAUCAUUCUCAAUGCUUUCUCAGUGUUCUCGUUUUCUAUUAACUCAUUAGUGUGUGGGCAAUGCAAACUUUUCUUCUGGUCCUGAGGUCCGCUUAGCAGUGUUAGUCUAUUAUUUUGAGGUAUACAUUUGUGUGUUUUAGAUUAGCUGUGAAUAAAUCAAGUUUCCAAGGGUCAUUCCCUCUAAUUUUGUGGACUUCACAAGUAAUGCCUGCCUUAAUUUCAUUUAGAUGCUAUUUGAGCUUAAAUAGUUAAUGUCACAGGGAGACACCCUGUAAUUACUUCUUGAAGGCCUGAGUGAUAUGAGUUGUCUAUGCUCACUGCAUUGAAUUGUAUUAUAACAUUCAAUAAUUCAAACUUUCAUUUCUUGAUAUAUCUUUGUUUCUUGUCCAUGUUUAUCAUAACAAAGUAUUACUGUUAGAAGACUUUUCGCUUUCCAACACAAUUGAAUUUAUGAAUUGAUCACCAUCAUAUGGUUUUUCCUUUGAUGUUUACUCCCUCACAAUUAUGAACGACAAAUGUGUAGUUACUAUCUUCUUAGUUGUUGAUGCCUAGUGUAGAAUCUUUUCAUACAAUCAGGCCACACCAUGUGGUUAUGACUUGAGUACUGUAUUAAUUAAUUAUCAGGUAGCAACAAUUUCUUAAUGACCUGAAGGCAGUAGCUGUAUGUACUGAAGCUGCUGAAGACCAGUCUAGAAAGUGAUGUUCCUUGUAGGCUUUUUGAGCGCAGAAGUGUAGCAUUCCACCUUAAAUCAACCAGUAUGCUUCUCAUUUAUAUACUCUAAUCAUUAUAUUGCAAUUCUUAAUUUUUCUUUUGUGCAAUGACAUUGAGAGGUUAUUUAGAUGCAUUUUUCUAGACACGAUAUGGUAAUGGAUUGAAUGUCAACUCUCAAUUUAUAUAUUUUGUGGUUGUUUCUGGUAAAAGACGCUCUCUUUUAAAAAUUAAUACUUAAUUUUAUAUUAAUGUAUCCUUAACUUCUAACAUAAUAACCUCUUUUGACUAUAAUGUAAAGAGUAGAGCUCAACAAUUAAAUUUAGACAUGACUUGUAACUUAUAGAGGGGGCUGUCUCUUAUACUCAAGCCCUCUCCAAUCACUUAGUAUACCCUCUUUUGUGUUUUGGUGGUAUUGUGGUGGCUUGUGAGGAGUUAAUAAUGCAUCUAGCUGUGGUGAACCUCAUUGACUGAUGGCCUGUUCUAUGACCUUAAGGCAUAAGAAACUUUGUCUUGGCAGGGUUUGCAAAAUUAUUGAUUGUCUAUUGGCCUUCUCCCUUUUUCCACAUUUGUGUCAGCAGAGAUUCCAGUAUUGAUCACUGUCUAACAGUCAUUUACCAGUAUAUUUUACUAACAAAACCAAUCAUUCUUCAUGUGAUGAGUUAAGUCUUUUUUCAGUUAUGAUUGUUCUGCAAAUGUUAUUUUCAGUGACAAUUGAAUUAUUUUUCUCCCUUGUUGACUGUAGUUCUGAAGGAACUGUGUGGGUUAGGAGGAAAUGCUUUGUGAUAGCAUAAACAUUGGACUGUAAGGGUAGGGAUUGAGCUCUCGAGCCAGAACUGAAUUGUGUUAUAUAUCUUUUGUAGCACAGUAAUGUUUUUACUUGUUUUUUCCCUUUUUUAUCAAGUUGUUAUGUGAUUGGAUUUGAACAUAAAAUUAAUUUCUUGGAGCUUUGCUUUAUGACUGUCUAGAUACUGCUCUUUAUUUCAGUCAAUUUAUUACAAAUUUGUUGUUCCAGUAGCCCAUUGUUACAGGUUGUACAUAGUUAUGUCACUGAUUACCAGCACAGUCAUGAUUCCUGUCUGAAAACUUCAGUGCUCUCCUUUUGCAUAGGAUACAAUUAAAUUACAAUUGGAACUAAGUUUUGUGAUUCAGACCUUUCCUGUCUUAAUUAUCUUUAGUCUGUUGUUAUGCAGUUCUGUUGCCAUGAAGCCCUCUUUGUUAAUUUCGUUUAGUGAAGUGCCUUGUCAUUUUUAUUUUGUAAUGAUCAACAAAGAUAUUUUUCUUUCUGAAUCUUCGUAUCAUCUCACAUUUUUCUGGUCUUAACAAUAUCCUGUUAUGUGAAAUGUUCGUCAUAACUGUGUUUUUGCGCGUGUUGGGGCUGAAAGUCUCAAAUGUGUUUGUGAAAUCUUCCUUGUUUAAUUCUUUUCACUUUUCUUAAAAUGUAUUUCAAUUAUCUGGAUUAAUGUGUGUGUCUGAGAAAUCCUAAAUGGUUACAGGACUUCUUAGUGGUAGUGUAAUGCUAGCUGUUUUAAACUUUUUUUGUUGGCAUUUUAAUUCAGGUUGUUUGUAUAGCUUAUUGUUUUCCAGUUGUGGAUUUAUUGUUGCCAUUUAGUCAAAAGUUGAUUGUUAUGUUCUGGUUUUCCAAAGGUUUUUGUCUUGAAAUGGUAGCAUAGUGGCUAUAGAGUUUGAUUUGUACCUCACAAUGUCAGAAAUGAGUCUCAAAGUUUAUUUACUCUCCCUUGAUCACAUACAAAUAAUUUAAAACCAAUGAGUUAAAUCCUUACUUUCAGGUGUUCUGAAUGUGCUUGUAAAAUUUUAGUGUCACUCAGAAUGUUUUCUGGUUAAUAAUUUGUUGGGCGUUUAUUUUAACUUUUCUUCAAUUAAUGUAUGCUUUGGGAAUGGUGACAAACUUUUUUAAGUGUUAAUUUGGGAGCCAAGCCAUCCUUAUUUUUUGUUUCUUGAUAGGAAAGGAAGAUAUAUUCUCUUGUUUUCUAUGUUGAGAGAUUUAACUGUUGAAUAAUUAAUGACUUGUACCAGUUGUCAGUGUAUUAUAGACGAUAGUUUUGCAUCACAAUAUGA